UGACUAAUUGGCAGCACCUGGGUGACUUGGCCACUUCACCACAGCAGACAGACGCGGCCUUCAGCGGUUUUUAACUUUGUGGAUUGGCUCUGUCACGAAAACAAAUGUUUAGUUUGACCGUGCUCCAAGCAAAAUGCACACCUUUGUUUGUGUUUGUAGUUGCAUUAUUGAUGGUGAGCUGUCGCCGCACUGAACAUUCUGCAAAGCGAGGUGGUGAACAUGUUGGAGCUGGCAAACAGGACGCAUUUGAUUUCACCGUUAACUCAACUAAUAUGACCCAUUUCGCCUACGGAAUUGCUACAAAUGUAGUUGCUGUGUUGUUGUACGGAAGCAAUUUUGUCCCUGUCAAAAGGAUAGAGAUCGGAGAUGGAAUGUUUUUUCAGUGGGUAAACUGUGCAGCCAUAUGGGUUGUGUCUAUGGUUGGAGACUUGAUGCUUCAGUCGCCUAAAUUCUACCCUUUUGCCAUGCUUGGAGGUGUGAUCUGGGCUACAGGAAAUCUGGCAGUUGUUCCAAUUAUUAAAGCAAUUGGCCUUGGUCUUGGGAUUUUAAUCUGGGCAUCCUCUAGUUUGUUGAUGGGCUGGGCCACUUCAAGAUUUGGCUGGUUUGGAAUUGCUGCUCAAGAUGCGUCCAGGCCUAUAAUGAAUUACUGUGGUGCUGGGUUGUGUCUGCUCAGUAUGCUGAUCUUUGUCUUUGUCAAAACUGAUGCGAGGUUGCAUCCCAAUGCAGACUUGAUGCCAUUGCUUAUUGACAGGACUACAGAUUCAGGCAGUUAUGGACCAAGUCCCUCAGAGUUUUGGAUUGACUUUGUUGGACGAAAGACCAGGCGGUUCACUGGCUGCCUGCUUGCUGUUGUGUCAGGCCUGCUGUAUGGUUCCACCUUUGCACCCAUCCUCUACAUUAAGAGCCAUUCAUCAUGCCAUGACAGCAUGUUCUACGGAGCCAGCGUCUAUGAGCUUGACUAUGUUUAUGCACAGUGCUCUGGCAUUUUUAUUGCAAGCACAGUGUACUUCACCAUCUACUGUGCUGCAAUGAAUAACAGGCCCAGGGUUUACUCCAGAGCCGUUCUUCCUGGACUAGUGUCUGGAUUGAUGUGGGCACUGGCCACAUACUGCUGCCUCCUGGCCAAUAACUACCUGGGUGCAGUUGUUACCUUUCCUGUUGUCAGUGCAGGCUAUGGUCUGGUUGCAGCACUGUGGGGAUCCUUGGUGUUCAGAGAGGUUAAGGGGUUGGCUAGCUGCUUUAUGUUCUUCUUGGCCACCUGUGUGAUCCUGGUCGGCUCCGUGCUGAUUGUCAUCUCAUAGCUUGAACAAAGCCGAAGUUCUUGUCAAGAAAAAAAACAUUUCUCAUUUUCCUCCACUCAGAAAAUGUGUGGUUUUAUUGCAUCCUCUCAACUUAAUCCCAAAUGCAUGAGAUUCAGCUAAAUGUAAGGCUUUCUUUGUUAGCUUUGGAAAAUACAAUUUAGAAUCAGCAGGGUUGAAGCUCUGAGCUGAAGUUUGAAGGCAGUAGUGAGCAGGAAACUCCCAUCAUGCUCUUUGGUUGGAGGAGGGGAAGC